CGCUCUCAUCUUCAUCUACACAUCCUCGAGCGCAGUAUCGGUUCAGAAGUUGCGAUUGCUCGUCAAUUGAUCGCGAGACCAGCAUGAGAGUUGCUUGUUCACUAUUGGUCGUAGUGGCCUGUGCCCAAACAGCAAGUGGCUUCUUCCCUCUCUUCUUCCCUGGUCCAAUAAUUUAUCCCAAGGAAAAGAAACCGGAAAAACCUGAGGAGCCGAAAACCCCAGCUCCACCUCCCCCGCCUCCUCCACCUCCUCCGCCUGUACAUAAAACGAUUAUUCAUCACUUUCAAUAUUAUAAGCCUAAACACCACUAUAAGCCUAAACACCAUUACAAGCCUGUGCACAAUUAUCACCAACCUUACCCCAAACAUCACUACGAAGAAGAAGAAGAGGAGGAUGAGGGUUAUUCAGUGGAGGAGUACACGGAGACGGUCACUGAACCUCCCCCGCCUCCACCCACAACAACUACAACAACAACCACAACUCCAGCACCAACCACAACUCCAGAAGCAACCACCAAAAAGCACCACUACUAUCACUACGUGUACCCGAAGCCACCACCGCUCUAUUUUCCUCGUCCUCAUUAUCAGUCUUAUAGUGGCCACCAUAGCUAUCCUCCUGUGCACUCCUACCCUCCCUACCCUCAUUACGCUCCUUACAAGCAUCCAGUGGCCCCGAAAAAACACGUGAAAGUCUACGUGCCUGAACCAGAAGAUGAAGACGAGGGACCGCCACCGACGAAAAAAGCUCCAAAACCUACGCAACCUGCACCUACAGCCUCCGUAGAAAUUAAUUCAGGAGCUGAAGUGGUCUUAAGAACAGCCGCUCCAAAACCUGCAGCCUCUGCAGAAUCAAACGAGGAAGAUUUCUCUAAAAAACCAUUCUAUCAUCCAACGUUUGAAUCAGGACCAAGAAAACGACCUCCUCCUGGCUUCCCCUACCCUGACCAGUACCAACCCCCAAAGCUCCAACGUCCAGGGUAUUCCAAUGGCCCUCCGGUUUAUAAAAAUGGCCCUCCUAGAACAGCAAAUCCACCGCCGCCUAGCACACUUAAAACGCUAUCUCCAGUAGAACUCUCUGAAUUUAUGCCAGAAGAAAUGGCAGCAAGGGAAAUAGUCGAAUCUAUAACCCCGAAUCCAGCAACCAAAAAUGAAACCAAGCCCUUGGAACCGCCUUCAGAAUUUUCGCUAAGCCCUUUUCCGCCUGAUUACGGCCCAAAAUAUAUCAGCUCCACUACCGAUCUUGAAACGGUCGGUUCGCAGGAAUUUUAUGCAAAUAGGAGAAAUGAUGGCAAACUUCCCAGUUUCAUGGAGCCUCCUAAAAGAGAGAGCGGAUUUAAAUAUGAGCACUGGAAUAGAAGAGAUUCAAUUUCGAACCCAAAUUUGGAACAAAAUUCUUUCGACGAGGCAAGUUUGAAUUUUAUAAGGGAAAUGAUUGCAAAUAACACACAAAAAUCAGGAUAGUUUGCAAUUUUUCAAUAUUUUAUAUUUCUAUAAUAUUUUGUAAAUAGUCUUUAUAAAGGGAAAACAAUUUACGGGUGCUGUAAAUAAA